AUGGACACUGUCCCCCCGUGGCAGCUCGCGGGCGCCGUUCACGAUGUCCUGGAAGCCAAGGACGCACUCGCUCGCGACUACAGGGACCAUCAUGGCGUCGCGCUCCGCGACCUGUAUCGGCUGCUGAAGCGAAAGCGCGCAGGCGAAUACAUCGACGUCAGCUUGGAUGUUGACGAGCUCGAAGGCCCCGAUGAUUAUGACACUUGGAAAGCCGAGCGCGUUAUUGACGCAGCUGGCGUCGCGGGAGUUGUCAUUCCUCCCGUUCCUCCCGUUCCUCCCCAAUCACCUCCAUCACCCCCGCCCAUAACAGUCGAACCUCCUAACGAGACCCCAGUUCCAACCCCAACCCCACCUCCCGAGCGCGAGCUGCGCCGUAGCUCCAGACCCUCGUCGCGUACAGCGAGCCGACACGGUACGCCUGCUGCUCCACGGUCGACUGAAACGCGCACCACCGUCGCGCUUGACGACGUGCUCCCGCGCCGCCCUGCCAGUUUCGGCGCGUUCGGGAGCGAGAUCGAGGUGCCACCCUGGGAACCGCUGGACAACUACUGCCCCGCUGAAGACGCUGGACCGAGCGAGGCACACAGCGUCCUCAUGCCGCUCGAAAAUGAUUACUCGGCACGUAUCUCCAAGCUUCCGCAUGUGCCACACACACGGCGGCGCGGAAGCAAGAACGAAGGACGGCCAGACUCGUACAAGCUCAGCGUCAUGUUUGGGCUCAACCCCGUGUCAGGAGGUCUGACGCGCUCACCCAAAGUCGUGCUCACCGCCGACUGGCGGGUGGCACAAGCUGAGAUGCGACAUAUCCGCGCAAUGGAGCGGAUAGAGGCCAAGAAGGCCACUGGGCGCUGGAGCCUGCGCCAACCAAAGAAACACCGCGGACCACCGGUACCUAAGGGCCACUGGGACUUCCUGCUCGACGAGAUGGAAUGGAUGCAGGUCGACUUCUCCGAGGAACGGAGAUGGAAACGCGUCGUCGCACGCGAGUUCGCGUAUCAGGCCGUCGAGUGGCACCUGAGCUCGCCAGGAGAAAAGGCUGAGCUCAUGGUCGGCGGGCGCGGAUGGGGCGCGUGCAAGGACAUUGCCGUCCCCGGGCGAACGGAAGCCGAUAAGAUCGCCGAGGACGACGUCGAGGAGUUGUUGGUCGGAGCGGACCCCGAAGAGUCUGAGCUGGCCGAGGCGGAGGCCGAGGCGAGCGCACACGAACGGGGAGAUACGACUGGCACCGAGGUGCUCAACGAGAUCCUGGAACGACCAGAAGACAAACCGCCAGAGGGCGUCAAGAUGGAAGUCGACGAGGACGCUGUGGGAGAAGCGGACGCUGAAGGAGAAGACGCGGACGGGGAGGAUGCGGAUGGGGAGGAUGCGGAUGGAGAAGCGGACGCAGACGGAGAGGAGGACGAUGCGGACGACGGGGCCGAGGGCCAGGCCGUCGGACUCGAGGAGAUCGCAGACGCCGAGAAGGAGGCCGAGGCCAAGCCCGAUGGGAAGAAAGAGGACAGCCCCGAGGCGACCGUGCUGCCAAAUCGCCUCCUGCUGUCCAAACGCUUCAAGGACGUCGAGGAGCUCGCGCGCGUGAGACAGCCUCUGCUGUACAUGUCGGCCGAGGCGCCAACAGCCGACCUCACGACGCUUCCCCUCACUUCCAAAGAGAAGCAGGCCGCUACCGACAACGUCACCGAUUCCGCAUUCCUUUCUCCCUCGAAUGAUCCCCCACCAUCGCUUCUCGAACUGUUCCCUGACCUCGCCGUGUAUGGUGGCCCAACACCACCAGACGGCAUCAAGGUGCACAGACGAUUGGACGAAGGGCAAACGAGCGGUAACCGCUUGGCGCAUACGUCGCGCAUCCUGGACAUCCGGCCCGUGUUCGUCUCUCAUAUCCAGCCCGCCAAGUCGCAGUUUGACAUCGACGACGUGUGGGAUAUCCGUGACGGGCCGUGGUACGAGGACCCCAAGGGCAGUACGGACAUUGCACCUGAAGUCGUCGCAUGCAACUCGAUGUUCUUCUCCGGGCGUAACAUGCGUCCGUUCCAUCACCACAACCCGCAAGCCAAACCGGAGGGCAACCGGCCGGACCCGACAUGGUUGCCUGAGGAGGACAAGAUCCUGCAGAAGCUCGUGUCGCAGUACGCAUUCAACUGGCAGCUCGUGGCGGACGCCUUCAACACUGAACGUGUGACAAUCCCGUCAGACCGGCGAACCGCGUACGACUGCUACGAGCAUUGGAACCAGACUUGGGGCCCGGGCAAGAACAAGAGCAACGCUGAGACGCCUGCCGCAAACACGCCUACGCCUGUGCCAACCAAGGCAGCCGGGACGCCUGGUACGCCUGCAGCCAACGGCGCGCCCGGUCAGCCAAUGGAACCGCCACCUCCUCCCGGUUUGUCGAAGCGCGAGGCGCGUGCCGCCAAGGCUGCGCGUUACGAGGGCACGACGAAGAAGGCUGUGCGGCAUCAGGCGCUACACGACGCGAUGCGAAGGCUGUCUCGGAGGCGCGACAAUAAGGCCAAGGAGUCGGUCAAGGACCAGGAGCAGCGCGAGAUCAACGUCCACGAGUCGCACGGCAUGGUGCCGUACCCGAACGGUCAGCCGCCGACGCCCUUCGAGCUCGUCGAGGCCAAGUUCCAGCGCGACUUGCGGAUGCAGGAGGCGCAGCAGCAGCGUCGUCUCUUACAGGAACAGCAGCGGCAGCAGCACGCAGCCCAGAUGCGCGCUCAGCAGCAACAGUUAAUGGCUGGCGCGAACGCACAGCAAGCUCGUCCGCCUGCUGUACGCCCUCCUGUCCCCGCCAACGGGAACAUGGCGCAGGCGCAACUGCUCAACGCUGUCGCCGCGGCCUCUGCCGUCAACGGGAGACAGCAGCAGAUGGCGAAUGGGCAGCCGGCUGGACAGGCUAGCCCCGUGCCGAACGGUGCUAGACCUACGCCGGUGCAGAUGACCCAGGCGCAGAUCCAGAUCCUCCAGCAGCAACGGGCGGCGGCGCAGGCUCAGGCUCAAGCUCAGGCCCAAGCCAUGGCGCAGGCGCAGGCAGCCCAACAAGUGCGACAGCAGGCGGCGCACAUGGGCACUCCGCAGAGCCAACCAGGCGCGCUGGCGUCCCCCUACGCGAGCGCCGGCGAGGUCCCCAACGCCCAACAGCAGCACCUGCAGAACAUUAUCAACACGCUCACGGCGAGCGGCGCUCAAGUAACGCCGGACACCAUCCGCGCCCUGCAGAUCCAGAUGCUGCGACAAGCCCAGCAGCAGGCCGCCGCGCAGGUACAGGCCCAGCAGCAAGCCGUCGCGCAAGCUCAAGCACAGGCGGCGGCACAGGCCCAGGCCCAGUUAGGUCUCGGAGUCCCGGGAACACCCGGGAUGCAGACGCCUGGUCUGGCCACCCCACAGAUGGGGAUGCAGAAUCUUCAGACGCCAUUUGUGCGUUCUCCCAGCGUACAUUCGCAGGGCGUACGGAGCAGCCCAAAGCCACCUAGCCAGGCUUAA